UCCCGGGGCCAGCCCGCCUCUGUCCUCUGGCACGCGCUCGGCCUGCGGGGCGCGCCCAGGGCCCUCCCCCGAAUCUUGGGAAACCCUCUCUGAGCCGCCCGCCCCGCGCCCCGCCCCUCCCCGGGAGGGAAAAGGCGGCCGCGGUGUCCCCGGCGCUGGGACCAGGAGCCCAGAGGACGGGAGGACGGACGCGCCAUCGCCACUUCAGGCUAGGCCAUGGACCCUCACGAGAUGCUCGUCAAGAACCCGUAUGCCCAUGUCAGCAUACCCCGGGCGCAGCUGCGGCCCGACCUGGGGCAGCAGCUGCAGACGUCCCCCUGCUCCCCAGAGUCGGGGCCUCUGCCAGAGGAGCCCUGCGCCCCCGAGCCCACCUGCCUCCCACAAGUGAGCGAGACUCCGGGCUGCGAGGGGGCCAAGGGGGCAGCGGCUGGCCAGGGUCAGCAGGCCUUGCAGCAGCCCAGCAACCCCUACGGCUGCGGCUGCGGGCAGCACCCAGCAGGACUGACCUACGCCGGCCUGCCACCCGUCGGGCGUGGAGACGACAUCGCCCACCACUGCUGCUGCUGCCCCUGCUGCUCCUGCUGCCACUGCCCACGCUUCUGCCGCUGCCACAGCUGCUGCGUCGUCUCCUAGCCCCACCUGGGUGGCCGCACCGCGGCCUGGGCCGGCCACUUCUUGCCUGGACAGAGGCGCUGACCCACGGAGGCCAUUGGCCCAGCUCGGGUCUAGAGAGGGAGCCCCGGGCACAGCACGGGCAGCCUGGGGUGCCCUGGCCACCUCCCCGGGGCCAGGCCGCGGCAAUAAAGCAGAGGAAGCGUGUCUGGUGACUCCUCGUUCGCGGUGGUCCCUUGGGGAGGUCCCUGUCUGGAGGACGCCAGAGCCCCAGCCUGUCUGGGCCACCAGGGUGUGGGGAAGCUGCUAUCACGUGGGCCGCAGGCAUCUGGCCUGCCGGGGACGCGACAGGAGGGGCGGGAGUGUGUUCCCUGCGGGCCUGGGUCUGAAUUCCUUGAGGCCCAGGCCCCGGCCGAGACGGGUCAGCCUGUGCAUUGGACACAGGACGGCGCUGAGCCCGCACGAGGUGGAGCCCUUGAUAAGGCGCAGGAGGAAAAGAAGGUUGGCGGCUGCUCAGGAGGGCGGCACCAGCAGGUUUCGGGGAGUGGGGCCUGGUGGCCGUGAGUCACGGCGCGUCCUCAGCUGGGCGUUUUCUGGUUUCUCACCAAACACCCGACUUCCUGAUCACCUCCGUGGGCUGCUCUCCGCUGCCGCGGCCUGGGAGUCUGGAGGGGGCGGGGCCGCCCAGACGGGCCAGCACACAGGCUGCUGGGGUGUCCGGGGAGCUGAGCCACAUGAAGCCGGGCUGCCGGGCCAGGAGUGAGCACCACGGCCAGGGCGGGGGC